AUGUUGUAUUUGCAAAAUGCACUAUUCCUAAUUCGCUUAGCUCUCACAGCACGUUUCUGUCUUGUUUAUUAUCUUCUAACGUCUUCUACUAAUUGCUGAAAGAGAAACAGAGAUACAAAAAUGAACAUACGCUGCGCAACACCAGAAGAUCUGAUGAACAUGCAGCACUGCAACUUACUAUGUCUUCCAGAAAAUUAUCAGAUGAAAUACUAUUUCUACCAUGGGCUGUCAUGGCCACAGCUGUCGUAUGUAGCUGAAGACGAAGGUGGAAAAAUUGUUGGAUAUGUUCUGGCAAAGAUGGAAGAAGAUCCUGAAGAUUCAGUUCCCCAUGGCCAUAUUACCUCCCUUGCUGUCAAGCGGUCACACAGACGACUUGGUCUGGCCCAAAAACUUAUGGACCAAGCAUCUCGAGCUAUGGUUGAGUGCUUUAAUGCCCAGUAUGUGUCCCUCCAUGUCCGUAAAAGCAACAGAGCAGCACUCCAUCUAUACACAGAGACAUUGAAGUUCUCGAUAAGUGAGGUGGAACCUAAGUAUUAUGCUGAUGGAGAGGAUGCCUAUGCCAUGCGGCGUGACCUGUCAGAGUUUAGAGACAAGUUUUCUCAGAGUCAGAUACGAGAGGAGUCUGCUGCACAAUGGGCAAUAAAAGCAAGUUCGUGAUCAAACCACAGUGAUGAUGUCAUCAGCUUUAUGCCUUCGAUCGGAGUGUUUUGCACCUUUGUAUAUUUUUCACAGUGCUUAUACUUGGGAAUGCUAGGGUUUUUUUAGGGGAGGGGCAAACUCCAUGCUGACAGUGAACGACAUUCACAUUCUUGUCCCAUCAGUAUUUUUUUGAAGGGGGUGGCUGCCCCCUUUGCCCCUCAUGACUACAUAUGGUGACAUGGCUACAAGAUGCUCACAGAUUCUACAGGCUGAAGACAUUAUGUUGUUUUGUUUUAAAUGUUAGCAAAAAAAUGAAGCUGUCUUCACACACAUUUCUUUUGACUCUUGCAUUGCUGUCUUCUUAUCUCUACUUUGAUAGAAUGUCAGUUUCAGCCUUUCACGAUGUUUACUUCCAUCCAUUUGUGUCAUGUAUUAUUUACUACAGGUGUUUAAUGAACACUAAACACUAUUUCAUAUUUUCAAUUGUUCCUUCCAACAAAGAAUAACGGGUGAAAAUUAGGAGAGAACAGGGCGACGAAGUGUACAAAGUGAAAUAAGUGCAGUGAUAUAGAACAGUAUUUUUGUAACCUCUGGCACCAAUACAAUGAGGAUUGGCUUUUCUGGGUUUAGAUCUCUUCUCGAGCAGACUGCUCUUUCUCUACAUAUGGCACCUGUUUACAGGGCCAGCUCCUCUGUGAUAGAGCCUUAGUUGCUGGCUCGGUGUAAAGCACAAGCCCACCUACCCCAAUUGGACAGACAAUACCCAACGUUCACAUCAAACCGAAACAGAGCCUCCUUUUUCACAUCAUUCCUCCCAAACAACCAGUUUGUUGCCAGAGUAAUAUCAGGUGUGAUGACUGAUAAAUGAUACGGUGCACAUAAUCCACCUCCUGCCCCCUGUACCUUGAUACAUCAAUUAUUGUAAUGAGCAAUUCCACUUGUGAUUCUAGUGAGAGUACGGUUUCCUUUGUAGAGAAGAAAUAAGUACUGCUUUGCAGUUUAUUAGUUGUCUGUGUUUUUUGGUUUUUUUUUUAGUUGGGAGUGGGAAGAUUCUAUUACUUAAAUCCACCUCUUACCUCAGCAGAGUUAGUUUAGCAUAUUAAAAUGUAACCAUUUGCACUAGGAAGGCUGUAUAUUAUAGAAGGAUGCUCUUGCCGCAAAACUUGGCUGCAUACAAAAAUAUUCAAUAUGGCAAUUGUUGUGUAACUUACAACUCAUGCAAUGGUCUAAUCCAACUCAUGAAGAAAGGUUUAUCAUGGCAAAAACAAAAAAAAAGGAUGCUGCCUAAUAAUUCUCUCCACUACAAUUGGCAGUGUGCAGUCUUAUACUGGGAAAGAAAAGCUACUUUGUUUUGUUUUGUUUUUUUGAAGUGUGCAUGGAAUAUUUUCAAACCUAAACAUUUUGAAUGUGGCAUGAUUUAAAAAAAAAUAAUAAUACAAUGUACCCAA